GCCAAACUCAAAGGUCAAAAGGCCACAGGGUGCCCUUGAUUUGAUACAUGUGCCACUGCACACGGGGGGCAUUAGUGGCAUCCCAAAUGGGUGGCAGAACAGAAACCCUCGACCGCUCACAUGGUUGGUAAGGGGUGUAAGGCCGAGGUGGCCAAUGUUAUCUUCGUUUCCUGAAGAAGAGCAAGGUGCCGGUGCCAAUUAGCUAAUCCCGUGUCCAGUGUACUCAAGCUUCAGAGGCGGUGGAUGGGGGGAGGGUGGCAUGGCGGAUAAUCCCUCGUCUACUACCCAUGCUGAUGGUGUUGCGCGAGUGAGCCGCCACAUCGACUGGACUGGACAGUCUGUCUGGACGCUCACCGCCAAGUGCACGCACGAUGCUGGACUUGGGCGCAGCAAAGAAGCAGACAGCAGUCACUGUUGAGCGACCUGGAUUCCGACAUCACAAAAAAGAGAACUUUGUGUGUCCGCCAUCUCCAUCCUGCUCGCCAACGGAGAAUGGUGAGGGCACCACCACAUUCAAGAAGCUGAACGAUGCCUCCCUUGACGUUCCCAGUCAUCAAGACCUGCAUAAGGAACUUCUGCUAAGCCACAAGAGAGGCCUGGUUCUCGAGGAGAAGCCGGAGUUGAAGCGUGUGCUGGAGCAGAGGCGAUUAGAGCUGGACCGGGAGCUAGAACAGCAGCCGCCCUCCGACCUGGAGCAGGAGCUACGCAAACGCCAACUCAAGCUGCAGGAGUAUGAAGAAGAGGAGGUGAGGAGGCGAGAGGGCAAAGUCAACGUCCCUGAGUUUGUGCUCAUGAAGGAUAAGCUGCGACACAUAAGCCUGUCUGACGAAAGUGCCUGAGCCACCCAUGAAGAUUCCAGAAUGGCACGUCUACAUGACAUUUUUAAUUCAGAAUUAAUAAUUACGGAGUUCCGUUGAGUUUACAUUGAACUUUGAACUGAAUUCAGAGUGUUUACAUGAUGUUUUCAAAGUGGAAUUAUGCUUUAUGCAGAAUUAAAUUGAGUGAGUUAAUUCUGAAUUAAAUACCCCAUGUAAAUGAGGCCACUCUCUACAAUCUUCCAAUUUUAGAGUGUUCGGCCAUUCUGGAACCUUCGGCCCCCAAUCCAUUCCAUUUCUCGUGUCUGGCCUGGAAUUCCCUUUCUAGUAUUACAUACACUAGUAUUACAUACACUAGUAUUACAUACACAGUACAUUUUGCAGUAUUAACUCAACACUUCAACUUUAACACUUUUGAUCUCAGUUCAAGUGUAGUGACUCGUGUAAGCUGAAUCCAAAUAGAUAUUACCGAAAGCAGGACAAUGUUGAAAAGUGUAUAAAUCCUGAACCUUGUCGUCUUUUUUUAUGUGGAGACUAAAUCUUUGAAUUGAAUUCAGAGGCAGGUGGUUAUGCCGUGUUUGCUGUCUGAGUGAUGUUAUUUUCUAAGUCAUGUUUUGUUUUGUACUGGGGGGGAAACACUUAUCAAACACACCAACCCUGUGUCUUCAUCUUAAUUAUUGCAGAUUCUUUCACAAACAAUGUAUAGUAUUGUUGUUCAUUGUACCAUGUUGUUUUAUGUUCUCUGUCACAGAGAUGGUUUGGUUUGAACUGGCUGAUGUUCAGUGCAAGUCGAAUGAAGUGCUUGCAAACAAUAAACUGCUGUGACCUUA